GGUGUUAGACCAAUUGCGUAUAUUGCCAUCCCUAGCGGAUCACCCUGCGUAGUACCCUCCUUGGAUCUUAUUUCUUUACUUCCAAUGAUGAAAAGCCUCGCAUGAAAUCUAUAGCAAUUGAUGACAUAACAUGCAAUAGUCGGGCAAACAAUCUUGACGUUGUGCAGGAGUGCUUCUCUGUUGAUACUAUUGAAGGCAUUUGCUGCAUCAACAAGUAAAACAGCCUCUGUUUCUUCACUGUCAAAUACCUCCCUCAUCGCGUGGAUUGCCGCUUCACUGCCAGACUUCUGACCCGAGCACAUCUGAAUUUCCGCACUUGAUUUAAGGACGUCUUUCUGAAGAACUGCCAUCACUACCUUGCCACAUAUUCUUCGCAAGACUUCUCCAACACCAAUUGGUCUUACUCCAGGUUUUUUGUCUAGAGGUACGAGUCUGCAAGCAGUAAAUGCUUCAAGCGAUUGAUCUUGAACAUUUUCUAUACAUAACUUCUUUAUAACGUUGGCUAUAGCUCUUCUUAAAUCCAAACCGCAUUCACCAAAAACCUUUGAAGUUAAAGGCUUUCUCCAUCCAUCUGCGUCCAUCCCAGAAGGCCCGGAACUUUUUCCGCCCGCCAAAAGAGACAUUUGUUUUUUAACCAAUCAGAAUUCACCUCUGAGGAGAAGAAACUUCAAAAUGGCGUCUGGAUCUCUACCAAAUGCUGUGACACGUUUCUACGAACAGCAGAAGCAACAACAACAACAGCAAGAUCGUCAACAACUGAGACAAGAAGAGGGGAAUGCUUUUAUUCCCAGAGCAGCUACAGCUAGCAGCUUACAACAAACUUGGUUGCUGCAGCAACAACAACAACAACUUCAGCAACAACAACUUCAGCAACAACAACAGCAACUUGAUGAACAACAAGAAGAUGGCAACAAUAAUGCAGCUUUUCAGGAAGAAAGCUCCUACAACAGCGUCGAAACCGACCACUUGAUAGAGAGCAACUUGAGAUAUGUUGAGCAAUUACGCAGAGAGGCCCAAAAUGUUGUCGAUGAUGAAACUCUGCUGCAACAACAACGACACCAAUCUCAACAACAAACUGCUGUAGCACCAAAUAAUCUUUCUACAAGAGUAAGAGCAUCAGUGGUAGAUCCUGAAGUAUUAAUCGAACUAGUACGGCAAUAUCCAUGUUUAUGGAAUACAAAGCUGAACGUGUACCGUGACCAAAUUAAAAAGAAAAAAGCCUGGGAGAUAAUUUCGGCAUCGUUAAAUGGAGCUUUUACAGUUGAUGUUUUGAAGAACAAGUGGAAACUUAUUCGAGACAGUUAUAGCCGUUGUAUGCAUAAACGAGAAGAACAAACGAGAUCCGGUGCAGCUGUAUCAAAGCUCGCAAAAUGUAGAAAUUUUGAGGCUCUUAGUUUUCUCAGAAGUGCAGUGUCAUCAAACGAAAGUGAUAGUAAUGUGGAUAAUUCUUUAGCCAGCCCAGAGAUGUCACUUCCAAUCUCACAGCAUUCAAAUAAACAGUCAAUUGAUGAUUCUUUAACUAGUCCAGAGGUGUCGAAAAGAAGAUCAAUUGAAUCGGAUGAUGAUGAAACUUCUUCGAUAACAUCCAGAACAUCAUCACGAACUGAACCGUAUUACAAGCCAACAUCCACUGCAACAAAACGAAAGAAAAAAUUGGCCUCAGAUGUCGAUGUGAUGUUGAUCAAUUCUUUGAAAGAUGUCAGUGCUGUGUGCAGCAACAUCAGUAAACCUGUCAAGCCAACACCAACCAAUGUCAGAGAAGAAAAAAAUGAUGCUGAUCAUUUGUUUUGCAUGAGUUUGAUUCCUGUUUUGAAAAGUCUCCCAGCUGUGAAAAACAGACAAGCAAGAUUGAAAAUUCAAGAGAUUUUUUCAAAAUAG